GUGGCAGUUUUUUGCCAGAAUACGUGUCAAACUAUUUAAGGUAUACAUAAUUUUUUUUAUUUUAUUUUUACUAACACGCCAUUAUAUACAUGUACAUAACGAACAAUUGCAUUCUGUGUUUCCAUUCUCUGGUCAUUUUCCUCUCAGUCUGUGCAAAAAGUUAUGUAGCCUAUUUUUUGAAGCAGCGUGUUUAAUUUUGUGGUCAAUUAUCCCCACUGUACGCGCACAUGCGUUAAGUACACUCGCACAGGUAUGUGCAGCAGUGGACACUUUUGCAACUUCAAGAGAUCUGCCUCCAACAACCAGUACCACCACCCCCCUUUGAUAUUUCGAAAGGCCAGUAGAAAGAACGCGCAAAAUUAGAGGAACCCUGGGCACCGUGUAGCUGCAAGAAAGAUAACAUAUACUACUUUGAUAGCCCCCCUACACGCCAAAAUGAUUGUAAAAAAAAACAAGAAAACGUUAACGCAGUAUACGUGGCUCGCCCUUUUAAUAGUCCCAAGCAUGUACUUUAAGAAUUUACUUUUUGACAAUUAUUUUAGCCUAAAAUUUGACAAAUGCAAAAAAAAGAUGUACAGCAUAAAUCCGGUUAACCACAUGUCUUUGCCAAACAGCGAUGCCGAUUUUAUGAGUGACUAUAUUUUUCCCGACAAUGUUCGCUAGUGCGAAAUGGAAAGUAUCAGAAGACUUUUUUGAAGCCCCAUUUUUUUUUAUCGCAAAUGUGGAUGAUAUUCCCGACCAAGAAGCCACGCCAGUCAACAAAAACGAAAUGCAACGUGUGUUGGGGCGUGUUUCACAACGCGUGCAAUGGGAGGAGAAUUGUCUCUACAUGCAAAAGCGGCCUCCACCAUAUCUG